CGGACUUCCUUACUCUAUUUUCUAUCUCGAUAGAGAAUAAAUGCAAGAAAAGUAGUGUCAAGGAAAAUUAUAGGCAUUGGAUCGACUAGUUCAGAGAAGAGAUGGAUCUGACCGCUGAGUUCAGCCAGAGCAGCGGCUGGAGCAUGAGCUGGAGGGCGAGUCCAUGGCUGCAAAUGGGGUAUCCAUGGACUUCGAAGAACAGCGCCGCCACCGACGAGGAGGCGGAGGAUUUCUGGUCGGCGCUCGAAAGCCUGCAAAGCUCCGACCAUCAACGGACCGUAACCAGUGAUGAACAGCCGGCGCUUUACAAUUAUGAAGACGUGGAGUUCACUAAAAUGGGGCCCACCGAUCGCCGGCUUUUCAUUGAUCGGAUUUUAAGGACGGCUGAUGAAGACAACGCUGCCUUUCUCAAGAAGCUGCGCCACCGGAUUGAUAAUGUUGGAAUCCAGCUUCCAACUGUUGAAGUAAGAUUUGAGAAUAUAACAGUACGGGCCAAAUGCCACAUUGGCACCAGAGCUCUGCCAACUCUUCUCAACGAGUCCAUUAAUCUAAGUGAGUCACUAUUUGGUCUAUUUGGUGUGAGGUCAACUCAGAUGACUAAGCUUAAUAUCCUCAAUAAUAUCUCUGGGAUUAUAAGGCCCUCAAGAAUGACACUUCUUCUUGGCCCCCCAUCAUCAGGAAAAACUACACUAUUGCUUGCUUUAGCAGGAAAGCUCCAAAAAUCACUUGAGGUGAGUGGAGUUGUAACAUAUAAUGGUUAUGAGUUAAAUGAAUUUUUACCUCAAAAGACAGCAGCAUAUAUUAGCCAAUACGACAUGCACACUGGAGAAAUGACUGUAAAGGAAACAUUAAGUUUUUCUGAAAGAUGUCAAGGCGUGGGUGAUAGAUACGAACUUUUAAGUGAGCUAGCAAGAAGGGAGAAGGCUAAAGGGAUUGUACCUGACCCAGAGGUAGAUCUCUUCAUGAAGGCUACUUCCAUUGAAGGUCAACAAAUUGGUCUUCAAACGGACUACACAAUUAGGAUUCUAGGUUUGGAUAUAUGCUCAGACACCAUCGUUGGAGAUGAAAUGAGAAGAGGAAUAUCAGGAGGACAAAAAAAGCGUGUUACUACAGGUGAGAUGAUUGUAGGCCCAACAAAAACACUUUUUAUGGAUGAGAUAUCUACAGGAUUAGAUAGCUCAACUACACAUCAAGUUGUGAAAUGCUUUCAACAAAUUGUGCAUUUGGGUGAAGCCACUAUACUUAUGUCUCUUCUCCAGCCUGCACCUGAGACAUUUGACCUUUUUGAUGACAUCAUUCUACUUGAUGAGGGCCAAAUUAUCUAUCAAGGUCCACGUGAUCAUGUUUUAGAAUUCUUCCACAGUUGUGGCUUUCGAUGCCCUGAGAGGAAGGCUAUUGCUGAAUUCCUACAAGAGGUUACAUCAAGAAAUGAUCAACAACAGUAUUGGGAAAACAAGGAGAAACCAUAUGAAUUCAUGUCCGCUGCUGAAUUCAUUAAACGCUUCAAUCGAUUCCAUGUCGGAAUAGAUCUGCGAAGUAGACUUUCAGUACCUUUUGACAAGAGAAAGAGCCACAACGCAGCUUUGGUCUUCACCAAGCGCUCUGCUCCUACUAAAGUUCUACUCAAGGCCUCCUUCACUAAGGAAUGGCUUCUCAUCAAGAGGAACUCCUUCGUUUACGUAUUUAGGGCAAUCCAGCUCCUAAUACUGGCAUUUGUUGCUUCAUCUGUUUUUCUGAGGACAAACAUGAAAACAAAGACUGAGGCUGAUGGGGCCGUCUAUAUAGGGGCAUUAGUAUAUGGCUUGAAUGUGAAUUUUUUUAAUGAAUUUGCAGAGCAAUCUCUUGCUAUCUCAAGGUUACCAGUAUUUUACAAGCAACGGGAUCUCCUCUUUUAUCCAACCUGGGUUUUCACCGUUCCAAAUUGCAUCGUAAGGAUUCCCUUAUCUAUUAUGGAGUCUGCUGUUUGGGUGAUUGUGACAUACUACUCCAUAGGUUUUGCCCCUGAAGCUAGCAGGUUCUUCAAGCAGUUGCUCAUCUUCUUCCUGGUCCAGCAGAUGGCAGCUGGCCUCUUCAGACUGGUUGCAGGCGUGACCAGAUCCAUAACUGCAGCCAACACUUGGGGAAGCGUCGUUUCACUGACGCUAAUUUCUAUUGGCGGCUUCUCCCUACCUAAAGAUUUGAUACCAAAAUGGUGGAUGUUGGGUCACUGGCUUUCCCCGUUGACACAUGGGUUUACUGCUCUUACAAUCAAUGAGAUGUUUUCUUCUAAGUGGAUGGAUAAAUUUGCGCCAGAUGGCAGGAGAUUGGGGAUUGCAAUCCUAGAGAAUAUCGAUCUUUCCACUGAUCAGAAGUUGUAUUGGAAAUCAGCUGGUGUUCUUGUAGGAUAUUCCAUCAUCUUCAACAUUCUCUUCACACUUUCCCUCAUGUUUCUAAAUCCUCUUGGAAGGUCAAAUCCAGUCAUGCCUGAAGAAACGGCAGCUGAGAUGGAAGACAAAAGAGAUCACUGUGUAGGAGAUGAGGCCAAAGCUGAGUGUAGUCGCCCUAGCAGCAACACACCCAAGUGGCGUAGUUGUGAAACAUAUAGGAAUGCUGCAGGCAAACUUUCCUCUAGAAGAGGGAUGGUUCUUCCUUUCAAACCCCUUGCUAUGUCUUUCAAUGAAGUGAACUACUAUGUAGACAUUCCUCCUGCAAUGAAGGCAUAUGCAGUUAAAGAAGACAGACUUCAAUUGUUGAGGGAAAUUACAGGGACUUUUCGCCCUGGAAUACUCACAGCUCUUAUGGGAGAGAGCGGAGCUGGGAAGACAACACUAAUGGAUGUAUUGGCAGGAAGGAAAACUGGUGGCUAUAUUGAAGGAGAUAUCCGGUUGGCUGGCUACCCCAAGAAACAAUCAACUUUUGCAAGGAUUUCAGGAUACUGUGAGCAGUUUGAUGUUCACUCCCCACAGCUCACUGUAAAGGAGUCACUCAGCUUCUCUGCAUUGUUGCGCCUUGCAGGAAUCAGCGUAGAAGAAAAACUAAAAUUUGUAGAUGAAGUGAUGGAGUUGGUAGAGCUUGAUAACCUUCGGGAUGGAUUGGUGGGGAUUCCUGGAAUUACUGGUCUAUCCACGGAGCAAAGAAAAAGGCUGACAAUUGCUGUGGAGCUUGUUGCAAAUCCUUCUAUUAUAUUCAUGGAUGAACCAACAUCAGGUCUUGAUGCAAGGGCAGCUGCCAUUGUUAUGAGAACAGUGAGAAACACUGUCAAUACAGGAAGAACUGUUGUCUGUACCAUCCACCAACCUAACAUUGACAUAUUUGAAUCAUUUGAUGAGUUACUUUUGCUGAAAAGAGGGGGCCAAGUAAUAUAUUCUGGACCAUUGGGUCAGAAUUCUCAGAAGCUAAUAGAAUAUUUUGAGAAAAUUCCUGGAGUUCAAAAGAUCAAUGAUGGACGCAACCCAGCGGUAUGGAUGAUGGAAGCAAGUUCUACUGCCACAGAAGAAAAACUAGAUAUUGACUUUGCUGAGAUAUACAAGAAUUCUUCACUGCACAAGCAAAACAUGGCUUUGGUUGGAGAGCUAAGUAAGCCAUUGUCUGGUACAUGUGAUCUAUACUUCUCAACUCGAUAUGCCCAAUCCAGUUAUGGUCAAUUCAAAAUCUGCGUAUGGAAGUAUUGGUGGAUAUAUUGGAGGAGUCCAGGGUACAACCUAUCAAGAUUGGGCAUGGCCCUUGUCACUGCUCUGCUGUUAGGCUCAAUUUUCUGGAAAAUUGGCCAACGCAGGGAUAAUUCAAAAGAACUUCUGUCAGUCAUUGGAGCAAUGUUCUUUGCUGUACAAUUUGUUGGCUUUGCCAACUGCUCCACUGUACAGCCACUCAUUAAUACUGAGAGGUUAGUGUUCUACCGUGAGAAGGCGGCAGGGAUGUACUCAGCGUUGCCAUAUGCUCUUUCUCAGGUAGUUGUUGAAAUACCGUAUGUUCUCUUCCAGGCAUUUUACUACACGCUUCUAGUAUAUUACAUGAUGAGCUUCCAGUGGACUGCAACGAAAUUCCUGUGGUUCCUUUCCAUCUUUUUUUUCUCAUUCCUUUACUUCACAUACUAUGGGAUGUUGUCCGUGGCAGUGUCUCCAAACUUACAAGUAUCAGGAAUCUUGUCUGCAAGCAUCUUUUUUUUCUUUGAUCUUUUUUCUGGGUUCUUCAUCCAUAGACCAGAAAUUCCAGUGUGGUGGAUCUGGUAUUGCUGGAUCUGUCCUGUGUCAUGGACAUUAUAUGGUUUGAUUGUAACACAGUACGGUGACAUUCAUGACAAGAUAAAGGUUCCAGGUCAGGAAGAUCAACAGAUCAGAGACUAUGUUAUGAACCAUUUUGGUUACAGGGACGGCUACCAAAGCCUUAUGAUUGUUGUACUUAUGGGCUUUGCCAUCUUCUUUGCCUUCAUGUACACUUACUGCAUUCGAUCUUGCCAUUUUCAACAGAGGUAGAGGAGAAGGAGAUUGAAAAGUCACCAGCAACUCUUGUUAUUACUGAGCAACUAACAGCUUGGUGGUGACUGCCAGGGAAAUAGAUGUUCAAGGUUUAAAUCAAUAUCUUGUUCCAGCUUGAAUCCUCUUCUCAUUUGUAAAUGUGAAAAUGGCAGCGAAUGAAGAUUUAGAGUUCGUUUGGGACGGUUUGUUUACUGCUUCUUAAAUCAGUUUUUUUUUAUACAAUAAUUUUAAUUUUUGUAUUAAAAAGUUGUUUUAAGAAACAGGAAGAAAGUCGUCCCAAACGAAGCCUUAAUUGAUAGGUAGGGGAUGGUUUUGGAUGUUGCUUUCGACAUUUAUGUAGAUUGUUUUAGAUCUUUUUUUAGCUUAUGAUAUCGUCUUUGUUGAAUGGGAAAAAGUUUGUUUCACCAAUAAGUUAGUGAUUGUUAGAGGAAGCUCUGUAAGAUUAGAUGCAGCAUUGAACUUUUGCCAAUAAAAAUUG